GGUGCGAGGCAGCGCGGCCGUCCGCGACGCGGGGCGGUCCGACCGCGUAAUGUCCACGAAGGAUGUCGAGUCCAGCCCCGCCGACGCCCUCGAGGAGGUUUUCGGCGACGGCGCCGCCGCUGCCAGCCACCUCUGGCGCGUCGAUGCCAGCGCGGGGCAGACGUGCCAGGAGCUGCCCGAGUGCUCGCCGGGGCGUCUCGGUCCGCAGGCAGAGCACGGCUGGCCCGCCGACGGCCUCGAGAACCACGACAUGCAGCAGGACGCAUCAGAAGUGCGCGAGGUCGACAUCUUGCAGGAUCAGACCCCCGCGUUCGUGGAGGAGCUCAUCGUGGCGCGCCGCGCCAGCCUCGAGCUCUCGCUGGGCGGCGUCGCG